GUGGCCGGGUGCUUCCCCUCCAUCUCUCCUCCCCCGCCUGAGAUGGAGGAAGGACAGGCUGGGUGGGCAGGAGUGCAGGGCCAAGGGCCAGUUGUCGCUAUAUGGCUCUGAGAGCUCCGAGGGCUCGGGUGGGCGCGGAGCCGGGGAUGCUGUUCAGAACCGGGUCGCCAGCGGGCGUGGUGCACUGGCCGCAGGAAGCUCUGGGUGUGAGGUUGGGGACAGUAAUGAUGACACUGAAGAUGUCUCACUGUUUGAUGCAGAAGAGGAGACAACCAAUAGACCAAGAAGAUCCAAAAUCAGACACCCAGUGGCAUCCUUCUUCCACCUGUUCUUCCGAGUCAGCGCGGUCGUAGUCUAUCUCCUCUGUGAGUUGCUCAGCAGCAGCUUUAUUGCCUGUAUGGUGACAAUUAUCUUGCUGCUGUCGUGUGACUUUUGGGCAGUGAAGAAUGUCACAGGUAGACUAAUGGUCGGCCUACGCUGGUGGAAUCAUAUUGAUGAGGAUGGGAAGAGCCAUUGGAUAUUCGAGUCCAGAAAGUCAACUCCUCAAGACAACCAAACCAUUUCUGAGGCUGAGUCAAGAAUCUUUUGGUUAGGCCUCAUCGCCUGUCCAGUCCUGUGGGUGAUUUUUGCCUUUAGUGCACUCUUUUCCUUCAGAGUGAAGUGGCUGGCUGUGGUGAUCAUGGGUGUGGUGCUGCAAGGUGCCAACCUAUACGGUUAUAUCCGGUGUAAAGUGGGCACCAAGAACUUAACCAGCAUGGCUACCUCGUAUCUUGGAACGCAAUUUCUACGACAAAACACAGGAGAUGCUCAGACUUCGUGAGUAAAGGUGAAGUCUGUGUGUCAUGAGCUCUGAAGACAACGGACAAGACCCUGGUGUUUGUUGCAGAGUGGGGUGUUGUCACUUAAUGAAGGAAACCUGGUUUCAUCUUAAACCACAUGGGGCUAGAGAGAGUGGUGUUUCUGGAGACAGCGUUGUGGACUUAUUUGAUUUUGCUACUUUAUUGGGCUCCUACACCUCUACCUCCUUUCCAGCCCUUAUCCAACCCUAACUCUUCCAAUCCCCCAACACUAGGUAGGAGAGAAGGAAGGUUAGAGGGGAAAGAGGGUGUAGACCUCUUUAAACUACUUCCUUCUGAUUAGGGCCAUUGGGGUCAUGUCCAAUCUUCUUUGUCAGAAUAUCUCAAACAAUUUCUCAUCAGGCUACAACAACAGCAAUGAGGAGCAGGAACUGCCUCUUUGGAGCACCCCUGUCCCUCACUGGGCUCUGGCAUUUAUACCCUCUCUAGAGUGCCCAGAUUUCCAAGAGUAAACUAUCUGCACCUGGCAAAAACCGUGCCCCUGCUAGCGCACGAGGCAAAUCGUAAUCACCUGCUGUGAAGCAGCCUCUUAUCCCACACCUGGGAUUAAAGCAAAAACAUAUUCACAUGGCAUAACUGGGUUUUUAAAGACACCGAUACUCUCACUAACAUGUCAGAGUUUGUUUUGUGGUAUAUGUAGGUGUAGACACCUGUUACAGCAACGUGUCCCAAAUUCAUGCGUCCUUCGCAUACUUGAUGGAUCUUUGCAUUUUGAUCCGUACAAUGUAGGAAGAGGUGUUCCGUUUCUCUCAAAUCUCGGUGUUUGCAUAUUAUUUCUGUACAUUGUUCUUAGGGGUAAAUUUGGAUUUAGCGGUAAGGGUGAACAUGUUGGUUUAUGUAUGAAUUAGAAAUAGUUGUUAAUUUUAGUAUGUUCUUUAUGGUAAAAUUCCUUAUUUUAGACUUGUAUAAAGCAAGUAAAAGCCAAAUUUGGGCAGUAGUGUUAACUGAUUUUUAAAAUUUGUUUUUACUUGGUAAUAAGUCAGUUUACUUCAGGUUUGUCUGACACAAGUGGGUCUUUGUAGCUGUGGUAGACACCCAGGGGCCUCUGCUGCCGUGUUUCUUUUGUGGGCGUAAAGCUCUCUGGAACCGUCCGAAAUCUCCUAGUGGUCUCUGCAUUAAUGAAACAUCACCUUUCAAUAAGAAUGUUAUUCUUAUGUAAUAAUGAAAGUAAUUGUUUAAAUCCGUGGCAUAAGAAAUGCCUAUGCAACAUUGUAUCAAUUUAUUUUUUCUUGUUAUAAUGGGAUAUUGUAAAUCACAUAUUUGUAUUAAGGAUAUUUCCUAAGAUAAAAAAGCAAUAUACUAUAGACUAAACCAAAUGUAAAUUAUUGUAGGCAGCUGAAUUCUUUUGCAGCUACUGUAAAUUUUGUGGGAAUCUUUAGAUUAUGUUGUGAAUAACAUUUGUCAAGUGUUGACAUUUUAUAUGUCUUGUUUUUUGAAUAAGGAUCUUUAUUAGAGUGUAGCUUAGCAGGUGUAUAGCUAUAUUUAUAUAAAGCUGCAGUUGACAAAGCAUUAGGUGUGUGGACCCUUUCAUCCUGGCACUGUGACGCUUGUGAGGAAACUCACCUUUGGCAGUUGCCUUGCUCAGGGAGACACAGCCACAGGGACAUCUGCAGACGCUAAAGCAGGACAAGGCCAGGAAGGAGCACUCAAGAGGCCUCUUCUUUCUUUCUUUCUUUUUCUCUCUCCUUUCUUUGGCUGAGCGUAUUAAGUGCUUAUUUGCUGUCUGACAUACCUCCACCUGUCACUCCACCUGACAAGGAAGACUAUACUAACUAAAGAGGUUUUUAUUUGAUGAGAGAGCUCUAAGUCUUGAGGAUUGGGAGACUAGCUGGCAUUAGUUGGGGGUUUUGAGCCUUAAAUUCUAAUCCAGUGCAGAUUGACUUUUGGACGAUCCACCACUUGCCCCUCCUACAUUUUCCUCCUUCCUGUGACCGAUUUCUAGAUUUCAUCUGUGAGACUUGGUGUGGCCAUGUGACCAGGUUCUGGCCAGUGGAUACAGUUCUAGGAAAAAGGGUGCAGAGCACUCAUCCCCUCCUCAUCUCCACCCUGCUGUCUGAUGUUUUGGGUUUUCCUUCCCCAAGGAGAUGAUGGAAGCAGAUGUCUAUCCCCUCCUUAGAAAGCCCAAAGGCAAACUACAGGGUGAUUCCACCACAGUCCAGUGUGGUGAACCAGUGAGUUUUUUGGGCUUGCUUACACAGCAUGCUAAACAAAUGUCUGCACUUAGUCAUGUGUCACAGUAGAGAAAUGGUCUAGGAGAGAUCGGGGUAAGUGGUGUUUUCUUUGUACCUCCACCCCAGCCUAGAUCUGGAUAAAAGGAGUGGAUGACACAGCAGGGGUGAAAGCAUCCCUGAAUCCUUCAGCCCCCAGUGUCGAGUCUGCUCUUUGACUCACAUGUGACUAGAGGGACAGGUGUGUGCAUAGAAGGCACCCUGACUCUACCGCAGUGCGUGUCCUGCAUUUUAACCUUGAGUUCUCUCAGUGUUUAGUGAGGUUCUUGCAUGAAUUAUUCCACUUGCUUUCCCCUAUCACCUCAAGAGGGUGGAAGGAAAGGACCAUUAUGCACUAUGUAACUCCCUGUUACAGGUUUAUAACCAAGCGUAAGCAAAGUAAAAUCUUCCCCUGAAGGUUACGUGGGGUAGAGACACUGCCAGCCAGGUGCUCCAUGUGUCGUUUCCCAGGCCCUUAAUGAGCUGAUGUCAUGUCUUGAUGGCUAGUGAAACCGGGUGAAAUGAGUGCUGGGUGUGAGACCGAUGGUCCAGCCUUCCAUCCUUCUGUGGCAUCUAGCAGUACUCACGGUGGCGGCCCCGAGCUGCUGGGGAGACCUGGAAAACAGAGUCAUCUGCCUGCUCAGCUGGGUCAGACGCUAGUGAGAAAUAAACCUGUGGAGAAUGAA